AGCAAUGAGUGACUAUAUCACUAAGGUGAAACAGUUGCUGGAAGAAGCUACUGCUUCUGCUUGAUGUUGUGAAACUUCUUCUGUGUUUCUUCAUGGUAACUUCGCGUUGGAAAAAAAUUAUGAAAGAUAAUUAUGACCAACAUUGGUAGUUGUUUUUCUACUAGUAUUGUUGCAUCCUUUAUGAAUUCUAUGUGCUUGGAUCAGAUGUACUAGAGUUAAAGACAUGAUCAUUGUUUAUUGGAAUGGGAUGAUUAUCUAUGGUUUAUUGUGAUUAUGUUUGA